AUGUCAACUUUACAGAAACAAGAACGGAAGAUGGUAUUUGACGUUUAUAAUUAUUUUUUAAACGACAAUAACAUCACAGAAUCGCAAAAGAAAACGGCAGAAGCGACUAAAAAGUCCAUUUCUACGGUGAAAAGAAUUAUCAAAGAGGGCAAGUCUUCAGAUUUUUCAGGGGUAUUUAAGACCCCUGGUAAAAAGAGGGAGAGGAUAAAAACGGUGACUGGCAUUGAUGGUUACAACAAGGGAAUAAUAAGAAGAUGUAUACACAAUUUCCACUUACUUAAAAACGAGUUGCCCAGUAUAAAUGAGUUAUACGUACACGCAUCUAAAACAAAAGGUUUAAAGACACCUAUACCUAAAGAUCAGCGCGUGAUCAUAGUACAUGCUGGAUCAGAGAGUGGUUUUGUGCCCAAUGCCUUACUCACCAUCAGGUCAGGCAUGAAGUCCGGCGACUACCACGGCGGUAUAACUUGUGAAAACUACGAAAAGUGGGUAAGAACUCAACUGUUACCGAAUCUACCUCCGCGUUCUGUUGUAGUUUUAGACAACGCCCUCUACCACAACAAAGAAGCCAAUGUGAUACCUAAUUCGAAUGCGAAAAAAUCUGACAUGCAGGCUUGGCUGCUCGAAAAAGAAAUACCAUUUACACCUGACAUGCUGAAGCCCCAGUUGUACCACUUAAUAAAAAAGAAUAAAGACCGUUACAAAAAGUUCAGUAUUGACAGUAUUUUAAAUGCGAAUGGUCAUGAUGUUCUCCGCUUGCCACCGCAACAUCUCGACUUGAAUCCAAUAGAUAUGGCGUGGGCAGUGAUUAAGGGAUAUGUUAGCAGUAAAAAUGUAGGUUGGAAUGUACCUUUGAUUAUAGAUUCUGUGAAGGAAAAAGUAAACGCAAUGAGUCCACACGAUUGGAAGAACUUGUGCGAUAAAGUGAAGGAAAUCGAAGUAGCGUACGUCGAAAACGACAAUAUGAUUGACGAAAUGACAGAUCAGUUUACUAUAGACAAAGGAGAUUCUGACAGCAGUGAUUCUGACAUGUCAACUGACUCGGAGGACGAACCAGGUCCCAGCGGGCCAGGUCCUGACCCUAUAGCGUUUGAAUACGUGCAGUGUGUUAUGAGUGAUAGCGAAUAA